GGGUCCGGCCGGAAGCUCUCUCGUCCGAUCAGCUUAACUUGACGCAGGUGUUGUCGGUCGCCGGUUGUCGCGGUUAAAUCGUUACCUUGGUGAAAUGAUCGUGUUUAACCGACGACAGCCAUGACCGAACCGACAGAAAUCGGCUUUACUCACGGAGCUGCGGAGCCGGUGGAGUCCGACUCGGCGGCUGUUAAAGACCAAACUUCCCUAGUGGAGACGUUUGAAAACACCUUGGCAAUAUCACAGGACGUUACGCUGACAGAAUGUGUGGCCUCAGAGGAGACGGACAGCAGAGAGAAGCCAGAGCAGGACGACAGGCAGCAGGACGGAGACGGAGACGGACAGAGUGUUUGUCCACCUGCAGCUGAAACCUCCCCUGCUGAGUCAAAGUGGGUGGUUGGAGCUCAGUGUCGAGCGGUGUGGUCUGAGGACGGGCGGGUCUAUCCGGCGACGGUGGUGUCUCUGGACGGAGAGCGCUGCAGAGUGCGUUUCAACGGCUACGGCAACGAGGAGGACGUGGACCUGUGCGCGCUCAAGACACCGAAAGCUGCACCGCCCAGGCAGAGGAAGAACUCCCUGGACUGGAAUCCGGGUUCUCGGUGUCGGGCGGUGUACUCAGAGGACGGUCUGGUUUAUCCGGCCGUGGUUCUGUGGGUCAAAGGUCAGCGGUGCCGUGUUCGAUUCGACGACUACAACAACGAGGAGGAGCAAGACGUCAGCAGCCUGCUGAACCCCGACGAGCUCCAUGGACCCAGCAGAGCUGCCAACAAGGGCAGCAGCUGGAGGUCUAGUUCAACCAGCAGUAACUUCGACAGGAGGAGGGGGAGGAGAGAGGAGAACCAGGGGGAGAGGGGGGUGGAGAGGAGGUCAGCGUGGAGAGAUGCUCAGCAGAACUUCUCCUGGUGGGUUAAAGAGAGGCCCAGUAAUCAGAGUAAAGUGGAGAGAGAAGCCGAAGAGAGAAGGGGGGGAAACCAGCAGAGAGAUGAGGCAGAGAAACCGACCAAUAGCAGCUUCUCUCUCUUCCCACCGUUUCCUCCUCCUCAGUCGAGCUCAGGGGACCCCCUGUCCUUCAUCCCUCCUCCUCCUCCUCUCUGGUCGUCCUCUGGUGGCUCCGCGGGAGUCGACGACACCUCCAACUUGUUGAUGCUCUGGUACAUGUGUGGUUUCCACACCGGCAGCUACAUGAUCGAAGCUCUACAGGAAGUUCUGGAGAAGUUAAAGAGCAAACAGCUGCCAUCAUCAGAGAAGAAACUGGGCUGGCUUCCUUCAGUACGAACAUUUAUCUUUUCAUACAGUAACAUGGAGGAAAUUAAAGGUUCGGUUCACUCAAAUUACAACAAAGCAAUCUCUCUCUCCCUUCCCCUUAGUAGCAUCUGUCCAGUCCGGUUUUUAUGUUAACUGUCUCUGAGAUUUCUGCACCUCAGUGACGAAGGUUUGUGCCGCUCACAGCUUUAAAACAUUCAACAGCAACAUCUCGUAAUUGUUGGGUGAGUUGUUGUGGAUUAUGCAGAGAAUCCGAGUCCGUUUCUGAAAGAGACGUUUCCAACGUCACAAGCUGAACUCCAUUCACCUCCAUGGUGUUUGAGUGGAGGUAGAAAUCUGAAAACCUGAACACAUACUGGAGAGAUACCACUAGAGGGGAGAAGAGGACCGUACCGGUGGUUCAUCCUGUUAAUGUAAAUCACACGUAAUUUACAGCAAAUUAUUCUGCAGAUCCUUAGAAUUAAAGGCCUUUUCUGUACAAAACACAUUAUUGCUAUGAGGUGAUGGAUGUAAACUGGCGCAGGCCCCUGAGGACAAAGCACGAACAUGAAGGGAAACUAGCACCAAAUGCGACAUGCAAAAACACGUGCAACAACAACUGCCACACCUGAAGUGCUCUGGGACGUCUGGAGGGGAGUGGAGGGCUCGAUUUCAAUAAACAGCAGCGGUGCAGAUACUCUGCUCCUGUGCCUGCUCUGAAAAUUAAGUUUUGAUUUGUUUUUUGUUUGGUUUCCUCCCUCCCCCCUGGACAGUCUGUUCCUGGAUCUGAGUAAAUAUUAUUUUCUCACAGUUUGUAAGGUCGAGCGUCGAGGUGCAGUCACCAGCUGAGCUGCUGACUUUAAACUGCCGAGGACGAACGGCAGCGUUCAUGCUGCUAUCAGAUCGGCUCGGCCCUGCUAACAGACUUUAAGGAUGUUUUCUGGGUUUGGAGCGAGUUUCCGUUAAGCGUUUGCUUUCUCUUAGUGUGCUCUUUGUCCUCAGGGGCCACCGUAUAAACUUCAUCCUCACACAACAAUAGUGCCACACUCUCAGAAAUGAAUAAACCUAAUUCAGUUUCAAAUGAGCUGCAAUCGUUAUCAUUAAAAACUACAUAUUCUCAUCAACAGGAAUUAAUCAAAUAUUUGAUUUGGAGUAUCUGUAUCUUCCAUCUGUGCUUUACACCGUGGGAAGUUGCUCUGAUUUCUUUUGCUUAAUGGUUGGAAGUUUGAUGGAAAUAUUUCUGCAGACAUGAUUUGGAUGUUAAUGUUGUCGCACAUGAAGACUGACUGUUCCU